GAAGAGAAUGCGAGGACAAGAACUGGAUCCAGGGAUGGAACAGGGAGCUGUCAUGGAUGGAGAUGAAAUCCAAAUUCCUGAAAUAGGAAAGAAUGAGAUGCUAUUCGCGGUAAAAUCCACUUUAGAAAAUGUACAAGAUGGGACCAUCGAGAAAGAGGAAUAUCACCUCAAGUUGGUAACGGACGGUUAUAAUAAACAGUCCGGUUGUCUGACUGAUGCUGAAGUGCCAUUGGAUCAUUGUACGGUGAUGGUAGAAAAGUUAACGGCAAUUUUCAAUGAUGUAGAAAUGGGUUUGAAGAACGAAGAUGACUACUUUUUCGAGCUCAUUUCACCUUCAUUCUUUUACACGUCAGGAGAGUAUCACCUAAACGAACAAAUGGAAACCACUGCUUUGGCGUUCUCAACUAUUCAGGAGUUUGAGUCGACAAAGUACCACCUAGACGAAAAACUGCAGUCAAUGAUCCUGGAAUUAGAGGUAAUUAACCUUUAUUAG